GGUUUCAACCCCUCCAUCAUAUUUUGUCUAGCUUGAGCUUCCGGGUACCUACCGAAAAAAUGUUGCUAUGGUCACGAACUCUACGUUGUUUGAUCUUAGACAGAACUCGUUCUUUGCUUGCUGUAGUGUAAGCUUUAACCCAUAAAUCACUUUUGUCUGGGCGACGACUUUGUUCUCAAUUUACAGUCCAGUUUUUGUUGAAUGCAAAAAUGGCUAAGCAAGAUGAAGAAUCUCGAGAAUCUCAAGAUCCUCUGCUUGCCGAGGAGUUCGCCGAGCUCAAAGGCGACAUAAACCCUCCUCGUCGAACUUUCACAACAACGAGAUACUUACUUAUCUUCGGGAUAAUGACCAUAGUACUCUUCGCAUCCAUUCUUUCAGUCUUUUCUUACACGCGGCGAGUCUCGGAAAAAAACUCAUCUCGGCCUGAGCCCCCAGACCAUACAUUCUGCGGAAGAACACCAGCAGACGCUGUUAAAAAUGGCUGUCAUUUCGAACCUAUGCUCAGCUCUUGGGUGCCCGAAGCCUGCUACUUCACCGAUGAAGGUGACUACGACGUCUUCGAAGAUCUCCCCUGGUACUCUGAUCCCUUCCUCCGACAACCCUUAAACACAACCGAGAUGAUGAAUGUAAGGGCCGGUAAUUACGGCCAUGUUUAUACGACCUGGGCGUACCACGAUGAACAUUGUCUAUACACGUGGAGAAAGCUGGCGAUGGCGAUGGAGAAGAGAUUGCCGAUGGUGGAUACGAAGACGGCAGAUGAGGAACAUUCGCAACAUUGUGCGAGGGUUACGAGGAACUAUGUGAGGGAGGAUGGACAGGAGAAGAUUGCGGAUUUGAAGACUUUGGGGUUAAAGGUUACGCUUACUUAUUUUGGGUGUGUCAAUUUGUUCUGAGGGGUUGCUAGAAUGGGUUCGUGUGCCCAGAUGUACAGCUUGGUGGAUUACCUACGAAAAGAGGUUUAGCCGCACAGCCAUAAGGAGGCAAGAGUGAUUAGGGCUUCAUAUAGUCCGGACGUCCAGACUAUAGCUUGCAAGUCCCAAAGUUUUUGGCGUUUAGAAUACUGUAAAUACUUGAACACUAGUCAGUAAUCGAACUGAAUGGAAUCUUGCA